GUUUGGAGAACUCACCAUUCACCAUUCUGUCUUGGUUGCGGACUGUGCAGAAAACAAACCUGUCUUAACGUGCUUUCCACAUGAUUUCCUGCCAAUCACGUGUUUGUUCUGCAAUGGCGUGUUUUGCAAAGAGCAUGCCAGCGCUUUGAAUCACACUUGUGUAAAUGACAAGCGACUAACUGCCGAAGAGGUGGCCAAUUUGCAAAAAGCUGGCGGUGGCCUGCAUCGUUGCGCCUUCAGUGGAUGCUUGACGCGUGAAUUGGUUGCUGUGAUAUGCCACUUUUGCAAACGGAACUACUGUUUUCCUCAUCGCCAUCCUCCGAGCCACCUUUGCAUGCAAAUGCCCAAACCACAGGCAGAGAAGCAUAUGCCUAGAACCGCUGCUGUGGUCAGGGAUAUCAUCCAGGCCAGAAAAGCUAUUAUCGCCGCGGCUGAAGCAUCGCCCGCUGCGUCGCUUGCCCGACAGAAAAAAAUUAAUCCGACUGCUUUGAAGGUGAAGCUAAUGAAGCUUAAAAUGAAGGCUCGAGGAGAUAAAGGCCUUCCAGAGCACGAAAGAGUUUACCUUGAGAUCCGACUACCCGACGGACAGCAGAAGCCAUAUUUCUUCUCAAAGCUGUGGACUGUCGGACGUUGUAUGGACUAUGUAUGUGAUAAUGAAGGAAUCCCUAACGACAAUAACCGAGUCAACGCUAAGCGUCUUUUCCUCCAGUCAAUGGAACGAUCAGUAGAAGGCGGCUUUUCGCGUUCUCUAGAUCUGUCGUCGUCAAUGGAGAGUCUUUUAAAAAAAGACAUAAUUCGAGAGGCAGAUGAGUUAAACCUGACUUACCAUGGUAGUCAAUAACAAGUACAAAAGGAGCCGAUCAUAAGAAGUUUAUCUGCAGUCCUGCAAAGGCCUAUAUUAGAAUAUGAACCUGGAUAGCUUGUGUAGCUAUAUGUGAUGUGUGAUCCUCGAAUCAAAUUUAUUUUUUGCAAAAUCUGCUGCAUUUAACAGGCUCUGUCAGCAUCAAUAAACGCGAUCUAUAGGGCUCUAAAUGAAUUGAGGCAUUUAUUAAAUAUUUGACCAUACGUUCGCUAUGCUGUGUGAAACUUAGAAUAACGUGUCCGAUGAUAGACUAAGUGUAGCUUCUAUAUCAGCUUGUACAUAUGUAAAAUUGUGCAUAUAAUGCAGUGCAAAAAGCGUAGUUUGACAAAGGAUUCUUAUUAAAUGUUCCAAAAGGAUACAUGCGACUUUCCAGUUAGUACCUUGUGAAGUGCAAAAUAAUAUAGUAUAAAUAAGACACAUAAUCACUCCCCUCUAAUAUAAAGGGUUUUUCAAAAACAAAGUUGUUUUAUAUGAACUGUUAUUUUUACUAUAAAAGCGAGUGAUAUAUUUUAUAGUUUUUUUUUUGAGAACAAAAAUAUACAAUUAUUUUUUUCGUAUCAUCAAAAAUAGAAUAUGAAGUUCAGUCAGCCUUUAAUAUAUUGCAGGUCAGCGCCAUUUUAUAUGUAGUGGUUAAUGUGGUAUUUGGUUAAAUGGUGAUUGUGUAUUAUCAGAUCAAAGUCGUACUCUCCG